AUGGGUGCCGCUGUGGUAAAAACCUAUGAACAGGAUGGUUUGAAAAAUGCAACCGCUGUAGCCAGUUGUAUGAAACACUAUCUCGGCUACUCAGCAUCGAGAAAUGGUAAGGAUCGUACACCGAUCUAUCUACCAGAGAUUGAAAUGCGGGAAUAUUACCUGCCUCAAUUCCGCGAAGCGGUAAAAGCCGGAUCUUCUUCGAUUAUGAUCAAUUCAUCCGAAAUCAAUGGUAUACCGGUUCAUGCGGAUAAGUAUUUACUGACGGAUGUAUUACGGAAGGAACUCGGAUUCCAGGGGCUCAUCGUAACAGAUUGGGAAGAUAUCAAACGUCUUCAUGAACGUCACAAUGUUGCGGCUACACCCAGGCAGGCAGUGGCGAUGGCGAUCAAUGCCGGAAUUGAUAUGAGUAUGGUUCCAGGUGAUUACAGUUUUUAUGACUUGUUGAUUGAAGCUGUUAAAAAAGGUGAAGUGCCGAUGAGCCGUAUCGAUGAUGCCGUUAAAAGGAUAUUGGUACUUAAAUUCAAAACCGGGCUGUUUGAUAAUCCUUAUCCUGAGCCAGCAGCAAGAAAUAAUUUUGGCAAAAGCGAAUACCAGGCAAUUGCACUCGAUGCAGCGCAUGAAGCAAUGACGCUUUUAAAGAAUCAGAACAAUGUCCUUCCCCUUACCAAAUCAAUGAAAGUUUUGGUAGCUGGUCCGUCGGCGCAAAGUAUCAGUGCCCUCAAUGGCUGCUGGAGUUACACCUGGCAGGGCAAAGAAGAGCAAUGGUACCCGGCCGACAGCAAAACCAUUUACCAGGCGAUAGCUGAUAAGAUAGGUGCGGCCAAUGUGUCGACGAUUACAGGAAAGGGUUUCGACAAUAAAAUGAACUACGAUGCGGGUGCGCUUACAAAUGCUGCAACAAGCGCUGACGUAAUUGUGCUUUGCCUGGGUGAAGAUGCUUACGCGGAAAGUCCGGGUAAUACACGGGAACUCGCGUUGCCUGAUGACCAGGUAGCAUUAGCCAAAGCGGCCGCCGCAACUGGUAAGCCGGUAAUACUGGUUUUAACGGAGGGACGACCACGUUUUAUUACCAAUAUUGAACCCGCCAUGAAAGGCAUAUUGAUGACCUACUGGAGUGGCAGGAAAACGGCGGAAGCAAUCGCUGAUGUUUUGUUUGGUGAUUAUAAUCCGGAUGGUCGUUUGCCAUUCAGCUAUCCCCGCAGUAUGGGAGAGAUCGUAAUGUAUGAUCGCAAACCCACUGAAGAAGCGGGCAAUUUCGCUAUCGAUCAUUUCUUCGGUCACGGUUACUUUAUAGCCAGUGAUCGCUGCUUUGCCAAGGUCGGGAAGCUGAAACUCGGGUUUCAUACCGACUUCGAAAUGGAAGGUGUAUUCAGCGGGGUUAUUGACAUCCAGCUGGCGGAUAUCUGUUUCCAGGGGCAG